AUGGGAGGGUGCCACGUGGCGUGGCUCCUCAGUGCUGCUGGCCAAAGAGGCGCAGCAGGCAGAGGCUUGGAGAGGCACGGUCCAGAGCAGCAGCUGCAGGCAGCAAGGGGGGAGGGAUUCGGGGAGAUGAGGUGCGGCACUGCGGCUGUGCGGUGCAGAGGUGCGGCACUGCGGCUGUGCGGUGCAGAGGUGCGGCACUGCGGCUGUGCGGUGCAGAGGUGCGGCACUGCGGCUGUGCGGUGCAGAGGUGCGGCACUGCGGCUGUGCGGUGCAGAGGUGCGGCACUGCGGCUGUGCGGUGCAGAGGUGCGGCACUGCGGCUGUGCGGUGCAGAGGUGCGGCACUGCGGCUGUGCGGUGCAGAGGUGCGGCACUGCGGCUGUGCGGUGCAGAGGUGCGGCACUGCGGCUGUGCGGUGCAGAGGUGCGGCACUGCGGCUGUGCGGUGCAGAGGUGCGGCACUGCGGCUGUGCGGUGCAGAGGUGCGGCACUGCGGCUGUGCGGUGCAGAGGUGCGGCACUGCGGCUGUGCGGUGCAGAGGUGCGGCACUGCGGCUGUGCGGUGCAGAGGUGCGGCACUGCGGCUGUGCGGUGCAGAGGUGCGGCACUGCGGCUGUGCGGUGCAGAGGUGCGGCACUGCGGCUGUGCGGUGCAGAGGUGCGGCACUGCGGCUGUGCGGUGCAGAGGUGCGGCACUGCGGCUGUGCGGUGCAGAGGUGCGGCACUGCGGCUGUGCGGUGCAGAGGUGCGGCACUGCGGCUGUGCGGUGCAGAGGUGCGGCACUGCGGCUGUGCGGUGCAGAGGUGCGGCACUGCGGCUGUGCGGUGCAGAGGUGCGGCACUGCGGCUGUGCGGUGCAGAGGUGCGGCACUGCGGCUGUGCGGUGCAGAGGUGCGGCACUGCGGCUGUGCGGUGCAGAGGUGCGGCACUGCGGCUGUGCGGUGCAGAGGUGCGGCACUGCGGCUGUGCGGUGCAGAGGUGCGGCACUGCGGCUGUGCGGUGCAGAGGUGCGGCACUGCGGCUGUGCGGUGCAGAGGUGCGGCACUGCGGCUGUGCGGUGCAGAGGUGCGGCACUGCGGCUGUGCGGUGCAGAGGUGCGGCACUGCGGCUGUGCGGUGCAGAGGUGCGGCACUGCGGCUGUGCGGUGCAGAGGUGCGGCACUGCGGCUGUGCGGUGCAGAGGUGCGGCACUGCGGCUGUGCGGUGCAGAGGUGCGGCACUGCGGCUGUGCGGUGCAGAGGUGCGGCACUGCGGCUGUGCGGUGCAGAGGUGCGGCACUGCGGCUGUGCGGUGCAGAGGUGCGGCACUGCGGCUGUGCGGUGCAGAGGUGCGGCACUGCGGCUGUGCGGUGCAGAGGUGCGGCACUGCGGCUGUGCGGUGCAGAGGUGCGGCACUGCGGCUGUGCGGUGCAGAGGUGCGGCACUGCGGCUGUGCGGUGCAGAGGUGCGGCACUGCGGCUGUGCGGUGCAGAGGUGCGGCACUGCGGCUGUGCGGUGCAGAGGUGCGGCACUGCGGCUGUGCGGUGCAGAGGUGCGGCACUGCGGCUGUGCGGUGCAGAGGUGCGGCACUGCGGCUGUGCGGUGCAGAGGUGCGGCACUGCGGCUGUGCGGUGCAGAGGUGCGGCACUGCGGCUGUGCGGUGCAGAGGUGCGGCACUGCGGCUGUGCGGUGCAGAGGUGCGGCACUGCGGCUGUGCGGUGCAGAGGUGCGGCACUGCGGCUGUGCGGUGCAGAGGUGCGGCACUGCGGCUGUGCGGUGCAGAGGUGCGGCACUGCGGCUGUGCGGUGCAGAGGUGCGGCACUGCGGCUGUGCGGUGCAGAGGUGCGGCACUGCGGCUGUGCGGUGCAGAGGUGCGGCACUGCGGCUGUGCGGUGCAGAGGUGCGGCACUGCGGCUGUGCGGUGCAGAGGUGCGGCACUGCGGCUGUGCGGUGCAGAGGUGCGGCACUGCGGCUGUGCGGUGCAGAGGUGCGGCACUGCGGCUGUGCGGUGCAGAGGUGCGGCACUGCGGCUGUGCGGUGCAGAGGUGCGGCACUGCGGCUGUGCGGUGCAGAGGUGCGGCACUGCGGCUGUGCGGUGCAGAGGUGCGGCACUGCGGCUGUGCGGUGCAGAGGUGCGGCACUGCGGCUGUGCGGUGCAGAGGUGCGGCACUGCGGCUGUGCGGUGCAGAGGUGCGGCACUGCGGCUGUGCGGUGCAGAGGUGCGGCACUGCGGCUGUGCGGUGCAGAGGUGCGGCACUGCGGCUGUGCGGUGCAGAGGUGCGGCACUGCGGCUGUGCGGUGCAGAGGUGCGGCACUGCGGCUGUGCGGUGCAGAGGUGCGGCACUGCGGCUGUGCGGUGCAGAGGUGCGGCACUGCGGCUGUGCGGUGCAGAGGUGCGGCACUGCGGCUGUGCGGUGCAGAGGUGCGGCACUGCGGCUGUGCGGUGCAGAGGUGCGGCACUGCGGCUGUGCGGUGCAGAGGUGCGGCACUGCGGCUGUGCGGUGCAGAGGUGCGGCACUGCGGCUGUGCGGUGCAGAGGUGCGGCACUGCGGCUGUGCGGUGCAGAGGUGCGGCACUGCGGCUGUGCGGUGCAGAGGUGCGGCACUGCGGCUGUGCGGUGCAGAGGUGCGGCACUGCGGCUGUGCGGUGCAGAGGUGCGGCACUGCGGCUGUGCGGUGCAGAGGUGCGGCACUGCGGCUGUGCGGUGCAGAGGUGCGGCACUGCGGCUGUGCGGUGCAGAGGUGCGGCACUGCGGCUGUGCGGUGCAGAGGUGCGGCACUGCGGCUGUGCGGUGCAGAGGUGCGGCACUGCGGCUGUGCGGUGCAGAGGUGCGGCACUGCGGCUGUGCGGUGCAGAGGUGCGGCACUGCGGCUGUGCGGUGCAGAGGUGCGGCACUGCGGCUGUGCGGUGCAGAGGUGCGGCACUGCGGCUGUGCGGUGCAGAGGUGCGGCACUGCGGCUGUGCGGUGCAGAGGUGCGGCACUGCGGCUGUGCGGUGCAGAGGUGCGGCACUGCGGCUGUGCGGUGCAGAGGUGCGGCACUGCGGCUGUGCGGUGCAGAGGUGCGGCACUGCGGCUGUGCGGUGCAGAGGUGCGGCACUGCGGCUGUGCGGUGCAGAGGUGCGGCACUGCGGCUGUGCGGUGCAGAGGUGCGGCACUGCGGCUGUGCGGUGCAGAGGUGCGGCACUGCGGCUGUGCGGUGCAGAGGUGCGGCACUGCGGCUGUGCGGUGCAGAGGUGCGGCACUGCGGCUGUGCGGUGCAGAGGUGCGGCACUGCGGCUGUGCGGUGCAGAGGUGCGGCACUGCGGCUGUGCGGUGCAGAGGUGCGGCACUGCGGCUGUGCGGUGCAGAGGUGCGGCACUGCGGCUGUGCGGUGCAGAGGUGCGGCACUGCGGCUGUGCGGUGCAGAGGUGCGGCACUGCGGCUGUGCGGUGCAGAGGUGCGGCACUGCGGCUGUGCGGUGCAGAGGUGCGGCACUGCGGCUGUGCGGUGCAGAGGUGCGGCACUGCGGCUGUGCGGUGCAGAGGUGCGGCACUGCGGCUGUGCGGUGCAGAGGUGCGGCACUGCGGCUGUGCGGUGCAGAGGUGCGGCACUGCGGCUGUGCGGUGCAGAGGUGCGGCACUGCGGCUGUGCGGUGCAGAGGUGCGGCACUGCGGCUGUGCGGUGCAGAGGUGCGGCACUGCGGCUGUGCGGUGCAGAGGUGCGGCACUGCGGCUGUGCGGUGCAGAGGUGCGGCACUGCGGCUGUGCGGUGCAGAGGUGCGGCACUGCGGCUGUGCGGUGCAGAGGUGCGGCACUGCGGCUGUGCGGUGCAGAGGUGCGGCACUGCGGCUGUGCGGUGCAGAGGUGCGGCACUGCGGCUGUGCGGUGCAGAGGUGCGGCACUGCGGCUGUGCGGUGCAGAGGUGCGGCACUGCGGCUGUGCGGUGCAGAGGUGCGGCACUGCGGCUGUGCGGUGCAGAGGUGCGGCACUGCGGCUGUGCGGUGCAGAGGUGCGGCACUGCGGCUGUGCGGUGCAGAGGUGCGGCACUGCGGCUGUGCGGUGCAGAGGUGCGGCACUGCGGCUGUGCGGUGCAGAGGUGCGGCACUGCGGCUGUGCGGUGCAGAGGUGCGGCACUGCGGCUGUGCGGUGCAGAGGUGCGGCACUGCGGCUGUGCGGUGCAGAGGUGCGGCACUGCGGCUGUGCGGUGCAGAGGUGCGGCACUGCGGCUGUGCGGUGCAGAGGUGCGGCACUGCGGCUGUGCGGUGCAGAGGUGCGGCACUGCGGCUGUGCGGUGCAGAGGUGCGGCACUGCGGCUGUGCGGUGCAGAGGUGCGGCACUGCGGCUGUGCGGUGCAGAGGUGCGGCACUGCGGCUGUGCGGUGCAGAGGUGCGGCACUGCGGCUGUGCGGUGCAGAGGUGCGGCACUGCGGCUGUGCGGUGCAGAGGUGCGGCACUGCGGCUGUGCGGUGCAGAGGUGCGGCACUGCGGCUGUGCGGUGCAGAGGUGCGGCACUGCGGCUGUGCGGUGCAGAGGUGCGGCACUGCGGCUGUGCGGUGCAGAGGUGCGGCACUGCGGCUGUGCGGUGCAGAGGUGCGGCACUGCGGCUGUGCGGUGCAGAGGUGCGGCACUGCGGCUGUGCGGUGCAGAGGUGCGGCACUGCGGCUGUGCGGUGCAGAGGUGCGGCACUGCGGCUGUGCGGUGCAGAGGUGCGGCACUGCGGCUGUGCGGUGCAGAGGUGCGGCACUGCGGCUGUGCGGUGCAGAGGUGCGGCACUGCGGCUGUGCGGUGCAGAGGUGCGGCACUGCGGCUGUGCGGUGCAGAGGUGCGGCACUGCGGCUGUGCGGUGCAGAGGUGCGGCACUGCGGCUGUGCGGUGCAGAGGUGCGGCACUGCGGCUGUGCGGUGCAGAGGUGCGGCACUGCGGCUGUGCGGUGCAGAGGUGCGGCACUGCGGCUGUGCGGUGCAGAGGUGCGGCACUGCGGCUGUGCGGUGCAGAGGUGCGGCACUGCGGCUGUGCGGUGCAGAGGUGCGGCACUGCGGCUGUGCGGUGCAGAGGUGCGGCACUGCGGCUGUGCGGUGCAGAGGUGCGGCACUGCGGCUGUGCGGUGCAGAGGUGCGGCACUGCGGCUGUGCGGUGCAGAGGUGCGGCACUGCGGCUGUGCGGUGCAGAGGUGCGGCACUGCGGCUGUGCGGUGCAGAGGUGCGGCACUGCGGCUGUGCGGUGCAGAGGUGCGGCACUGCGGCUGUGCGGUGCAGAGGUGCGGCACUGCGGCUGUGCGGUGCAGAGGUGCGGCACUGCGGCUGUGCGGUGCAGAGGUGCGGCACUGCGGCUGUGCGGUGCAGAGGUGCGGCACUGCGGCUGUGCGGUGCAGAGGUGCGGCACUGCGGCUGUGCGGUGCAGAGGUGCGGCACUGCGGCUGUGCGGUGCAGAGGUGCGGCACUGCGGCUGUGCGGUGCAGAGGUGCGGCACUGCGGCUGUGCGGUGCAGAGGUGCGGCACUGCGGCUGUGCGGUGCAGAGGUGCGGCACUGCGGCUGUGCGGUGCAGAGGUGCGGCACUGCGGCUGUGCGGUGCAGAGGUGCGGCACUGCGGCUGUGCGGUGCAGAGGUGCGGCACUGCGGCUGUGCGGUGCAGAGGUGCGGCACUGCGGCUGUGCGGUGCAGAGGUGCGGCACUGCGGCUGUGCGGUGCAGAGGUGCGGCACUGCGGCUGUGCGGUGCAGAGGUGCGGCACUGCGGCUGUGCGGUGCAGAGGUGCGGCACUGCGGCUGUGCGGUGCAGAGGUGCGGCACUGCGGCUGUGCGGUGCAGAGGUGCGGCACUGCGGCUGUGCGGUGCAGAGGUGCGGCACUGCGGCUGUGCGGUGCAGAGGUGCGGCACUGCGGCUGUGCGGUGCAGAGGUGCGGCACUGCGGCUGUGCGGUGCAGAGGUGCGGCACUGCGGCUGUGCGGUGCAGAGGUGCGGCACUGCGGCUGUGCGGUGCAGAGGUGCGGCACUGCGGCUGUGCGGUGCAGAGGUGCGGCACUGCGGCUGUGCGGUGCAGAGGUGCGGCACUGCGGCUGUGCGGUGCAGAGGUGCGGCACUGCGGCUGUGCGGUGCAGAGGUGCGGCACUGCGGCUGUGCGGUGCAGAGGUGCGGCACUGCGGCUGUGCGGUGCAGAGGUGCGGCACUGCGGCUGUGCGGUGCAGAGGUGCGGCACUGCGGCUGUGCGGUGCAGAGGUGCGGCACUGCGGCUGUGCGGUGCAGAGGUGCGGCACUGCGGCUGUGCGGUGCAGAGGUGCGGCACUGCGGCUGUGCGGUGCAGAGGUGCGGCACUGCGGCUGUGCGGUGCAGAGGUGCGGCACUGCGGCUGUGCGGUGCAGAGGUGCGGCACUGCGGCUGUGCGGUGCAGAGGUGCGGCACUGCGGCUGUGCGGUGCAGAGGUGCGGCACUGCGGCUGUGCGGUGCAGAGGUGCGGCACUGCGGCUGUGCGGUGCAGAGGUGCGGCACUGCGGCUGUGCGGUGCAGAGGUGCGGCACUGCGGCUGUGCGGUGCAGAGGUGCGGCACUGCGGCUGUGCGGUGCAGAGGUGCGGCACUGCGGCUGUGCGGUGCAGAGGUGCGGCACUGCGGCUGUGCGGUGCAGAGGUGCGGCACUGCGGCUGUGCGGUGCAGAGGUGCGGCACUGCGGCUGUGCGGUGCAGAGGUGCGGCACUGCGGCUGUGCGGUGCAGAGGUGCGGCACUGCGGCUGUGCGGUGCAGAGGUGCGGCACUGCGGCUGUGCGGUGCAGAGGUGCGGCACUGCGGCUGUGCGGUGCAGAGGUGCGGCACUGCGGCUGUGCGGUGCAGAGGUGCGGCACUGCGGCUGUGCGGUGCAGAGGUGCGGCACUGCGGCUGUGCGGUGCAGAGGUGCGGCACUGCGGCUGUGCGGUGCAGAGGUGCGGCACUGCGGCUGUGCGGUGCAGAGGUGCGGCACUGCGGCUGUGCGGUGCAGAGGUGCGGCACUGCGGCUGUGCGGUGCAGAGGUGCGGCACUGCGGCUGUGCGGUGCAGAGGUGCGGCACUGCGGCUGUGCGGUGCAGAGGUGCGGCACUGCGGCUGUGCGGUGCAGAGGUGCGGCACUGCGGCUGUGCGGUGCAGAGGUGCGGCACUGCGGCUGUGCGGUGCAGAGGUGCGGCACUGCGGCUGUGCGGUGCAGAGGUGCGGCACUGCGGCUGUGCGGUGCAGAGGUGCGGCACUGCGGCUGUGCGGUGCAGAGGUGCGGCACUGCGGCUGUGCGGUGCAGAGGUGCGGCACUGCGGCUGUGCGGUGCAGAGGUGCGGCACUGCGGCUGUGCGGUGCAGAGGUGCGGCACUGCGGCUGUGCGGUGCAGAGGUGCGGCACUGCGGCUGUGCGGUGCAGAGGUGCGGCACUGCGGCUGUGCGGUGCAGAGGUGUGCAAUUGUGAUAGCACCUGGUUGA